GGGGCUGUAGGUGUUCCAAGAUGGCGGCCCCCGCGGCAGCGAGGCGGGUAUGGAGGUUUUGGGGCCCUCAGGGCGGCCCAUCCACGCUCCGGGCCUUCUCCACCAUCAUCCCAAGAGUUUCCCAGGUGGACAACUCCUCUGACUUUCUGGGCAACGUCCCCCACCGCCGGCACCCAGGGGUGCUGCAUCUCAGGAGUGUUCGGCUCCCGGCCGAACUGGUGAAGGCUGCCCAGCUGCUGGUGGAGCAGUCCACUAUGCAUGGGCUGAAGGACCAGGUGGUGGCCCUGACCAACUACCUCUGGAGCCGGAAGCGGCCCUUGGAGGCCAGCGAGCUGCAGAGGAGAGGGCAGCAGCUAGAGCAGCAGCUGAGGGAGAAAGUCCAGCCCCACACAGCAGAUGCAUCCAGCCCCCUGACCGAUGCUGAGAAGGAGAAGCUGCAGAGGAGGGUGCUGAACAGGCUUCGAAAAACCACCUAUCACUGGGAGGCACUGAGGUAUACAGACGAGCUGAGUCUUGUGUACAUGGCAGCUCGGCUGGAUGGGGGGUUUGCGGCUGUGUCCAGAGCCUUCCAUGAGAUCCAGAAGCGGGUUCCGGCCUUUGCCCCUCGCACCCUGCUGGAUUUCGGCUCUGGGACGGGCUCCGUCAGCUGGGCGGCGCAUGGUGCCUGGGGCCAGACCCUGCGUGAGUACCUGUGUGUCGACAGCUCUGCCCCCAUGCUGACCCUCGCUGAGCGGCUGCUGCAAGGUGGUUCCGAGUCCCCCCAGACCCCACUCUUCCCAGGCGUCUAUUUCCGGCAGUUCCUCCCUGUCUCGCCCAAGGUGAAGUUUGACGUGGUGGUCUCAGCCUUCUCCCUGAACGAGCUGCCCAGCCUGGCUGAGCGCAGGGAGACUAUACAGACGCUGUGGAGGAAGACGGACGGCUUCCUGGUGCUGGUGGAGAACGGAACCAAAGAGGGGCACCAGAUGCUCAUGGAGGCGCGAGAGAUCGUCCUGGGGGGGGGAGACAAGGUGCUGCAUGACCCACGGGAGGCUCACGUCUUCGCCCCAUGCCCACACCACCUGCCCUGCCCACGGCUGAACCCCAAGCGGCCCCUUCCCUGCAAUUACCUCCAGGCCUACCACCCCCUGCCCUUCCACUGGAACCCAGCGCUGAAGGAGGAGUUGUUCUCCUUCCUGAUCCUGCGCCGGGGGCCAGGGGAGGGCGAGGAGCCCUGGCCCCGCAUCACCCAGGCCGUCCUGGGCUGCGCCCGGCAUGUCCAUUGCCACCUGUGCUGUGCCGACGGGAGCCUGCAGCACGCCGUGAUCACCGCGCGCCGGCACGGCAGGGAUCUGUAUCGCUGUGCCCGGCUGAGCCACUGGGGGGAUCGGCUGCCCGUGACAGUGCCCCCUGGGGAGGCCGUUCCGGGGGAGUAACUCUCCAUCCCAUCCCAAGGGGCAGAUGCUGAGCCCCCGAGGUCCCGCUGUGAUCCGUUACCUGACCCUCGUGAGCAUUGAUGUGGGGACGGCAGCAGGAAGCACCCAAUGGAUUGGCACUGGGGGGGGGGGGGGGAUCUUCUGAUGGCCCCUGUCGCCUGCGGCGGUGCAGGUGCUGGCCCCAAUGAGCAUGGGGGAGCCAGCAGUACUCCUGGGUUCCCUUCUGCAGCUGGUGGCUCCCCGGCACCCAGGUUGGGUCCAAUAAAGAGAGCCUAAAACAGUC